AUGGAUCCAGAUGAUGAGUGCGAAUUGGACUCCACAUGGGAAGACGAAUACGAACAUAAAACACCCAGAAAGAAGGUGUUGCACAGGAGAAGUUGCAGGAACAUGAAUGCUGCAAAGGAGAUGCAAGACUUUCGACAUAGUUGCAGAAACUUUGAUGAUGAUGAUGACGAUGAUGAUGAACCACGUGAAGGCCGCUUCUAUAACCUGGAAUUUUACUAUGGUCGAAUAAAAUCUUCACCUGACGAUGUUUACAUUGAUGAAUUUCACCAGCAGUGGUGGGGUGAAUAUGAGAAGCUGGAAAUAGUUUUGACCUACAUUCAUUGGCUGUUUCCAUUACAAGAAAAAGGAAGAAACUUGAGAGCACAUGAGCUCACAAAAAAGGAAAUAAAGGUUUUCCGUAAAGAUAAACAAGCAAAGAGUAAAUUGGUGAAAUCAUAUAAGCUCAUGUUGGAUUUCUACGGUAUAUGUUCAGUUGAUGAAUCAACAGGAGAUGUGGAACGGGCUCCUAACUGGAGACGCUUUAAAAACCUGAACAGAUAUUCACACAACAACCUUCGCAUCACACGCAUCUUGAAGUGUUUGGGGACUCUAGGAUUGAAGCACUACCAGGCCCCACUGGUCAAGUUCUUCCUCCAUGAAACUCUUGUGGUGGGACACCUUCAAAGUCUUAAACAAAGUAUACUAGAUUACUUUAUGUUUGCUGUUUUGGACAAGUCAGAGAGACGAGAGCUGGUUAGAUUUACCUUUAAGCAUUUUAAGCCCCAAGAACAGUUUGUCUGGGGCCCCAAUAAGUUUCUGUCAGGUGAGGUACAUAGCAAAAGUUAAAAAUUCAGUCAUGCUACACGUAAUAAGCAGCAAAGUGUGUGGACAGCAGGGACAAAAUAAAUGAAGGAAAAACGUAAUUAUAGUGAGCUGUCAAAAUAUACUGUAUGCCUUGAAUGCAGUGGAGGUUGCUUUGGGUAAAAGUGUCUGCCAAAUGCAUAAAUGUAAAUGUGAAAACAAUAAAAGCAUAGAAAAGUGAGAUGAAAAGAUAAUAUUGAUGAUGGUGAUGUUAAUAUGACAACAGCUACAUCACCAAGCAUGUCUUGUGAUGCUCCUGAUGAUAGAGGUUUCAGCAUUUGUUCCUUUAUUUUAUUUUAUUUUUAAAUUAAAUGAAAACUUCUGUUGAUGAAUCAAGGCUGCACUAUAUGAAAAUUAGCACCAGUAAAUGUUUUUGUGUAUGAUUUUUUUUUUUUUAAAUUUAUGUAUGAUUUUUUUUUUAAAUGUAUGUUACUUAUUUUUAAUAAAUCAGAAACAUGCUUGCACGAAUAUAUUUCACUUUUGUAAAGUGUGUAAGCUUGUGGUCCAGUGGGAAUAAACAGUUUACAG